CUGAAUUGUCUGCAUUUGCAUCUCAAACUGAUGUCUUCCAUAUAGUUACAAAACAAGAGAAGAUGACUUCAAAUGCCACUCCUGCCCCAGAGCCAUGCCACCUGGCCACUCUUCAGAAGUAUUUUGGGCAUCUGCAGUUCAGAGCCAAGCAGUGGGACAUUAUUUGGAGAGUCUUAAAUGGCGCGUGUGACCAGCUGGCGGUGAUGGCCACCGGGUCGGGCAAGUCGCUCUGCUACCAGUACCCGGCCGUGCACCGGGCCGGCCUCAGCGUGGUGGUGUCCCCGCUCAUCUCGCUGAUGGAGGACCAGGUCCUCUCGCUGCAGCUGUCGGGGAUCGCCGCCUGCCUGCUGGGCAGCGCCCAGACCCGCUCCGGUGAGGUGAUGCGGGACCUGCGGCGGGGCAAGUACCGCGUCCUCUACAUCACGCCCGAGUUCGCCGUCGAAAAUAUGCAGUUUCUGCAAGAGCUGGUCGACUCCGCGGGCGUAACGUUGGUGGCAGUGGACGAGGCGCACUGUGUCAGCCAGUGGGGUCACGACUUCAGGUCCUCCUACAGGAAGCUGGACGUGCUGCGGAAAGGGUUGCCAGGUGUGCCGAUCCUGGCGCUGACGGCGACAGCCACGCCGGAGGUUCGAACAGACAUCGUCCGCUCGCUUGAGCUCAGGAACUGCGUCACGCUUGUGACGUCUUUCGAUCGCCCGAAUCUGUUUCUGGAGGUGCGGGCCAAAUCCUCGAGCGCCCUGGGUGACCUCACAUCACUCAUGCAGCGAGUCGACGGCAAGUGGCGCUUCGAUGGCGCCACUAUCGUCUACUGCCCCACGCGCAAGGUCACUGAGGUCAUCCACACCGCGUUUCUCAACUCCGGGGUGCCGUGUGUGAUGUACCACGCCGGCAUGAGUCUGCCUCAGCGGAAGGCAUCUCAUGAGCAGUUUGUCCGCGACAAGGUGUCCGUCAUCGUCGCUACGGUGGCUUUCGGCAUGGGCAUCGAUAAGCCAGAUGUGCGCCGUAUCGUGCACUACGGCGCCUCGCGGGACGUGGAGUCCUACUAUCAGGAGAUCGGACGGGCCGGCCGCGACGGUCAGGCGGCGGCCUGCACCGUGUUCUUCAAGUCGGCCGAUUUCGUGCUGCACAGACACUUCCUGGGUACGGUGAACUCGGCGUCGUACCUGCAGCACCGGCUGGACAUGCUGACGAGCUUCGAGGCGUUGCUGAGCGGCACCGGCUGCCGCCGCCGCGCGCUGCUGCGCCACUUUGACUCGGUCGCCGCGGCUGGCGAACGGCACGGUUGCUGCGAUAACUGCAACAACAAGUAUGGCAACAAGCGGACGGCCGGCCCGGACGCCACCGAACAGGACGGCGGCCGCAAUUUCGCGGCGCAGGCGGCCAUGCUGCUGGGGGCCGUGCAGCUCUGCAAGGGACGGUCCGGCUUGAGUACGCCCAUCCUUUAUCUGCGAGGCUCGUCAAACAAGAAAGUCUGGGAGUGGCUGAAGGAGCAAGAAGGCCAUGGCUCGGGAAAGGAAUACUCAGAUGUGUUUUGGAAGGCGCUAGGGAAGAUGCUGAUGUUCGAGAAGUACCUGGGCGAGCGGGGCGGAGGUGCGAUGCGCGCCCGAGGCGGUGCCAUGCGGGGUCGCGGCCGCGGCGCGCCCAGCUUUUUCACCACAGUACACGUCACUGCCAAGGGCGAGGAGUUCUUGAAGGCCUAUGCCCGUGAUCGCGCCACCCGGCUGGAGCUCGUACCCACCGAGGGCAUGCGCGCGCAACAGCGGCCCAACCACACCGACUUCGCCGACGUGACGGCGGCGGCUGGCUCGGCGCGCCGCCAGGUGCUGCCGGACCGGCCGGCCGACGACCAGGCCGUGUGCGGCGUGACCGUCGAGCCGCUGCCCGACCCGACCGAGCUCAAGUACCGGGGCCUGCUCUACACGGAGCUGCUGGCGCUGCGCUCCCGCCUCAGCGACCAGCUGGGCGUCAUGCCCUACAUGGUGGCCAGCAACAAGACGCUGCUGGAGCUGGCGCGGCGGCGGCCCAGCUCCGUGCGCCGGCUGGUCGCCGUCGAGGGCGUCACCGACAUCAAGGCGCAGAAGUACGGCUACGAGAUCGUGGAGCUCAUUAGCCACAUGGCGCUCAAGUACAACCUCUCCACGGACAACUUCCCCGAGCAGGCGGCGGGCGCGUCGGGGCCGUCGGCGGAGGAGGAGGAGGCGAUGCUGAUGCACAUGUCGGAUACGCAGCGCCACAGCUACGUCAGCGUGUGCCGGGACGGUCUCAGCGUGGAGCGAGCGGCCGCAGAACGGUGCGGACUCGUCUGAACCGGAGCCCAUCCUCUUGCCAGUCCUGGUGGGGCUGCACGGGGAGAGGAGAGCGUCGGCGUUCUGCAAGCUUCAGCUUCGAGGCGACUCUUUUGGAUCCGUGCCAGAUUGUCACGAAUAAUGCAGGAUUGCCAGCAUCAGUAUCUUUUCAGCGAAGCCGUGGGGCAUCCAUAGCAAUUUUGCGGGGAUGUUUGAUUACCAUGAAUGGGGCGAGAUCAACAGCAUCAUUUCAUUGGAGCCGUGAAUGCCUUGGAUUUAUGGAACGCUGUCAUCCUGUUGCGGGUUGUACGAAGAACCUCUGUUCACUGAAGCCGUACUGCCACUGUGCCAGUGACCGUGCUCACCCAUGCGGGCUCUGUUCACUGAAGCCGUGUCGCCGCUCUGCCAGUGACCGUGCGCGCCCGUGCGGGCU